UUUUUAUGUAUCCUAAAUUUGUAGAUAAGCUUUUUUUUUGCUCAGUUAAAACCCCCGUUAUAUAAUUUUAAAUACUGUUUGCUUUGUAUUUUAUAGGGAAGGACAGAAUAAAUAUCUGCGCAGCUAAGUUCAUUUGAAGCGAUUCAUAAUGGGUUUGAAUGAUGAAGAAGUUAAAAAACAAAUUGAUCAUAUGAUGGCCUUUAUCCAUCAAGAGGCGAAAGAGAAAGCAGAAGAAAUUGAUGCUAAGGCCGAAGAAGAAUUUAAUAUUGAAAAAGGGCGUCUUGUGCAGCAAGAAAGGCUUAAAAUUAUGGCUCUCUAUGAAAAAAAAGAAAAACAAAUUGAUUUGCAAAGAAAAAUUGAUCGCUCCAAUUAUCUUAACGUAGCUCGUCUGCGUUUGCUAGAAACACAAAAUCAAUAUAUUCAGGAAAUCCUUGAAGACGCUCGUAGUCAACUUGGUAAAGUUACUAAAGAUAAGAAUCAUUACCAAAAAGUUCUUACUGGUCUUUUGACUCAGUCUUUGUUUCAACUUUUGGAGCCAGUUGCCCAAAUCAGAUGCAGAGAGGCUGAUGUUGAGCUCAUCAAGGUUGCCAAAGAAGAGAGCUUAAAAGCAUACUAUGAAAACACCAAGAAAAGUUGUGAAUUAUCAAUUGACAUGCAACAUUUUUUGAGUCCUGAAUGUGCUGGUGGGCUGGAGCUACUUGCCAAAGAAGGCCGUAUUAAGGUCACAAACACUUUAGAGAGUCGCCUAGAACUUUUGAGCAGACAGAUGCUGCCGGAAAUUCGUGAAACGCUUUUUGGAAAGAGUUCAACACGAAAGUUUUUUGAUUAAAAUAAUGUAAUUUUUUACUACUUAGUUGACAACUGAAGCGAGUAUUUUAAAAAUACCUCGUAAUUUAUUCAAACGAUGUGUCUCUUCAAAUACACAAAGUUAAAUGUAGUUAAACACUUA